CGCAGGGCUCCUGUCUUCUCCCGCUGCGCCGGGGCCGUGUGAGGCGGGAGCGGGGGUGGCCCUGAGGGGGAGCCGGAGCGCUGGGCGAGGGGCAGCCGAGCAUCUGAUCUGUCAUGGCCAACGUGCUCUGUAACAGAGCAAGAUUGGUCACCUACCUACCAGGGUUUUAUUCCUUAGUCAAAAGAGUUGUAAAUCCCAAGGCUUUUUCUACAGCAGGUUCCUCUGGCUCAGACGAGCCUCAUGUUGCUGCUACACCUCCUGAUUUAUGUCCAAGAACAGUAUGGCCUGAUGAAGUAAUGGGUCCAUUUGGUCCUCAGGACCAGAGAUUCCAGUUGCCUGGUAAUAUUGGUUUUGACUGUCACCUAAAUGGUACUGCUGCUCAGAGGAAAAGCCAAGCCUCAAAAAGUCUGCCUGAUAUAUUAGCGGAGCCUUCGCCGAAUGAAAGGCAUGAAUUUGUAAUGGCACAAUACAUAAAUGAAUUUCAGGGUUCUGAUGUUCCACAGAAACAACAAAUAAAUAACGCUGAAACGUACUUUGAAAAUGCAAAAGUGGAAUGUGCAGUACAAGCUUGCCCUGAACUGUUGAGGAAAGACUUCGAAUCAAUGUUUCCAGAAGUGAAUGCCAACCAUUUAACAGUACUGACUGUUACCCAGAAGACUAAAAAUGAUAUGACUGUAUGGAGUCAAGAAGUAGAAGAAGAGAGAGAAACGCUGUUAGAAAAUUUCAUUAAUGGUGCCAAGGAAAUCUGCUAUGCAAUCUGUUCUGAAGGCUAUUGGGCUGACUUCAUUGAUCCUUCCUCAGGACUGGCAUUUUUUGGACCUUACACAAACAACACUCUGUUUGAAACAGAUGAACGCUACCGCUACUUCGGAUUCUCUGUUGAUGAUCUUGGCUGCUGCAAAGUUAUUCGUCAUAACAUCUGGGGUACUCAUGUUGUUGUAGGAAGUAUUUUCACUAAUGCUGAACCUGACAGCCCUAUCAUGAGAAAACUGAGUGGAAGAAACUAGCAGUCACCAGGGUUUCACCGAUCCAUGUGACUUUGGCAUUCUUUGACUUGAUUCUUUGUAAGCAUUGUCAGAAAGUACCACGCUUUUGAGGUAAUCUCAGAUAAUAAAGUACCCAUUAUUUAUUUUAGUCUCAUGACUGUGUCCACACAUGUGACUUAAAAUGUUAUUUGACACCAUUUUAACAGAUACUUGUAUGUGCCACAUGAAUUGUAAGCUGUGAGUUUCCCUCAUCUUUAAUUGAGUUCAAACUCAGUUGACUUCAAUACAUAGCUAUCUGCAUAGCCUCUUAUUAUUAUCAACUGUUCUGUCUUUCGGUGUCUGACAAAUCUGUAUUCUUUGCAUUAAGAAUCUUGAUGCCACUGAAUUUUCUAGGAAUUUUGACCACUUAUUCCAGUAAGUUAGUGGCAAAAAAAAAAGGGGGGGGGGGAGAGGAGCAAGUAAUAAUACUAUCUCCUAGGAUAUAAAACUUAAUGAGGACUGCAGCAGUGAAUACUGGACUAAUUAAUUGCUCAUGCAGUGCUCUAAAAAGAGAAUAAUCUAAGCUUUCAGAGAUCUUUAACUACAAGUAGUACUUCUCUGGAGAAGUGCUGAUGUGAUUGCUGCAUCCAGAGACUCAGUGAAAAGUCUUUAGUUACUUUAGAAUCAGUCAUCUCUUCAAGUUUUUGUCUUCCAUGUUGCUCGUGAUUUUAUUUUCUCAGUGUUAGCUAAGUAUAUUUAACUAUUUUAUAUAUGUAAAUGUAAUUUAAAUUUGCUUUUGGAAUUUUCUAAGGUCAUUAAAUACAUUGAUGUGGGCAAAGAAAAAAGAUAACAGGUCAAUGCUUGGAUACCCUCAUUGUUUUUUCUUUUACUUGAAUGCAACUGAAAUCUAUCUCUGGAAUUUCAAAUGCCUCUGCAAAGGGCAAUUAUGAUCAAUUGCUGUAAUUACAAUCAAUUAUAGAAAAUAUUUCAGCAGGAAGGUUUCAGUAAAUAAGUCAGUCUCUUCAGGUGACAUAAAAACCUUCAAAUCAAUUGAAGUUACUGGAGAGAGAACAGUGAGGAUAAUUCAAGGCAUCUGAAAUUUCAAAACUGUCUGCUGCCUCACUACAGAAACUAGAUAAUUAAUGUUGUUGCACUCACUUUUUAGGGCUGUUUGGUAAUGUACCACAGCUGUAGCUGUUUGUGCAAUAAUAGGAAUCUUUCAGUCUUGACUCAGUCAAAAUGUAAUGCAACUUUUGUCUGGAUAAUGGCUGCCAGGAAGGUGUGUUGAGAGGUUUAGCUUCCUUUCAAGUAGCUUGGGAUUUUAAUAAUCAUAUGUUUUUCCAAUACUAACUAUUAUAGAUUGAACACUUGUUCUAGGUUUGUAUACUGUUUCUAUUCCUUACUCAGGUUCUAAGCCAGUUUGUCACCAAAGUCUUUCCUCUGGCUUUAUUUAGUAGGCUUAGAACCAGAUCCUUACCAAGUGCCUGUACCUGUCCUUAUUAAUGACUGCCAGAUCAUGGAGGUUUAGGAAGGCUCUCUCUGCUGAAGAAGUGACAGCAGCCUCCUCUAUUCUCACCCUGGCUAAGGCAGCUGUUGAGAGUUUGUCUUCCCAUCGUCAUUAUUGUUGGCUCCAGCCUAUACACAUUCCAGUGCUGAAGUGUAUGGCUGCUGAGGCAGGAUUUGCUUACUGCUGUGUUGUGGAAUCUGCCGUAUUUCUAGGACACGAGCUCUUCACCUCCUGUCUGCUGGCUAAGAAAGUUGUAAUACUCAAAGUCUGGUUUAUUUUUCUGGCCUUUUUGUUAAAAAGGUUUAACAAAUACCAAAAGAGUUACAGAGUAUCUAUGUACAAAACCGAUUGAGGCAUGAUUCUUUUGCAGAGUACAAAUUACCUGAUUUGAUCGUGGAGAGUUGUUAAUGUCUCGGUGCACAGUAUAGUACCAUUGUAGAGAACUUAGUUGGAUAAAUACUAGAAAAAUUCUGUGAAAUGCUUCAUGUAUAGUUUAACUAUGUUGAAGGCUCUUGGUACUCUCUUUUUGUUUUCUUCAAGUGACUUUGCUGUACUUGCCUUUCUAUUUUUUUUAUAAAGAGAGGUGUAUUUUCAGGCAGCUAUCCAAAUUCAACUUGGGGCACAGUUUGAGUUCAUACCCUGUAGAGUUUCGUGCUGGAAAAUGUGGGGUUUUUUUGGUUGUUUUUUUUUUAACAGUAGCUCUUCAAAUGGCUUUAACCCAGGGCAAAAAAAAAACAACUCACUGAAAAUGGUGGGAAUUCUGCCUUGAUGUCACUCGUCUUAGUAUUUCAUGCUAGAAUUUGAGGGGAGAUAUUUUGUGUUAUUUUUCUAACUAACAUUUUCUCGUACAUAGAAGCUUACUAAAACUCUCAAGAGGCUUGAACUAUUCCAGUUCUACUUCCCUCUCAUCAGAAGAGAUUUAUUGUAUAUUAAUUUGCUACUGUGAAAUAAAGGUUUUGGAAUACAGUGUGAUUAGCUGUACUUCUGGUAAUAAAAAAAAGCAAUAAACAAAGCACUUCUCAGUGUCA